CAAAAAUCCCAAAAAAAAAAACACCCAAAAGGCCAAAAAUCUUAUCCUCGAAUCGAACACGUGUUAAGUCUUUUAGCCUGUUAGCCCUUCUUGAUUUGUAGCAAAACAAACAAGACAAAUUCACACACCAUCCAAAUCCCAUACGACGUCGUAUUACUCUUAUCAAUAACGCCACUCUCACCUCACUCUCACACUCACUACUUGCAGUUGCAGCAUAACCAGAGGAGAGAAAAAAAUGGUGAAAAUCGGCGGGAAAAAAGUAGGGGAAAUGGUCGGAAAAAUCGGCGGAAAUGGCGUCGGCCAAAUCCUGAUUGCCGUCGCCGCCGCUCUCUUCGUUCGUUUGUUUUCCGGCCCUGAUCCUGCGUUGUUGCCGGAGAAUGAAUUUGACGGCGACGAGAAUGAAUUUGAUGAUUCUAAUGAGUCUUCGUUUGAUGGAAAAGUUUUUCCGGUUACUAUUCGUUGGAAUAAUAUCACUUGUUCACUCUCUGAUAACAAGUCUAAAUCGGUAAGAUUCCUGCUGAAAGAUGUUAGUGGGGAAGCUAAACCUGGAAGGUUGCUAGCAAUAAUGGGGCCAUCAGGUUCAGGGAAGACAACAUUACUUAAUGUUUUAGCUGGUCAACUUGCAGCUUCACCAAGAUUAAGUUUAUCAGGUUUAUUGGAGGUCAAUGGACAGCAAAAGUCAAAGAAAUCUUACAAGUUUGCUUAUGUUAGGCAGGAGGACCUCUUUUUCUCGCAAAUGACUGUCCGUGAAAUACUCUCUCUUGCUGCAGAAUUACAGCUUCCACAGAUGUCUUCAGCAGAAGCAAGGGAUGCUUAUGUGAAUGAUCUCUUGUCUAAAUUGGGCUUGGUCAGUUGUGCAGAUUCAAUUGUUGGUGAUGCAAAGGUGCGUGGAAUUAGUGGUGGUGAAAAGAAACGUUUGUCUUUGGCAUGUGAACUAAUUGCAAGUCCUUCAGUCAUAUUUGCAGAUGAACCAACGACUGGGCUUGAUGCCUUCCAGGCAGAAAAGGUAAUGGAAACGCUCAGUCAACUUGCACAAGAUGGUCAUACUGUGAUCUGCUCAAUACACCAGCCCAGAGGAUCGAUUUAUUACAAAUUCGACGACAUUAUCUUGCUGACAGAUGGUUCUCUUAUUUAUGCUGGUCUUGCUAGGGAUGAACCAUUGUCAUACUUUGCAAAUCUUGGGUACCCUUGCCCAGAUCAUGUCAAUCCUGCUGAAUUUUUGGCUGAUCUCAUAUCUAUUGAUUAUAGUUCAUCUGAAAGUAUUAACAGCUCUCAAAAAAGGAUCGAUGGUCUUGUUGAGGCAUUUUUACAACAAACUUCCUCUGUUAUUUAUGCAACUCCACUUACCAGUGAAGAGAAAUUCAUAAAAAGAAUGAGGUUUGGUAUAAAUGCUUCUGCUAAGAAAGGGAAUUGGUGGAGGGAAUUCUUCUUGCUUUUUAGACGUGCAUGGAUGCAGGCAUCUCGAGAUGGGCCAACAAAUAAGGUACGGGCCAGAAUGUCAAUUGCAUCAGCAAUAAUAUUUGGUUCAGUCUUUUGGAGGAUGGGAAGAUCUCAGACAUCUAUUCAGGACAGAAUGGGGCUGCUGCAGGUUGCUGCUAUAAAUACUGCAAUGGCUGCUUUGACGAAGACUGUGGGUGUUUUCCCGAAGGAGCGUGCCAUUGUAGAUAGGGAACGAGCAAAAGGAUCUUAUUCAUUGGGUCCAUACUUACUGUCUAAGCUGCUGGCUGAAAUACCUGUUGGAGCCACAUUCCCGUUGUUGUUUGGUUCCAUUCUAUAUCCUAUGGCACGCCUGCAUCCCACUUUGUCCAGGUUUGGUAAGUUCUGUGGAAUUGUAACCGUAGAGUCUUUCGCUGCAUCUGCUAUGGGUCUAACUGUGGGAGCCAUGGUUCCUUCCACUGAAGCUGCUAUGGCUGUUGGGCCAUCUCUUAUGACUGUCUUCAUAGUCUUCGGGGGAUACUAUGUUAAUGCAGAUAACACGCCUAUUAUAUUCCGCUGGAUUCCUCGCGUGUCUCUGAUACGAUGGGCUUUUCAAGGACUGUGUAUCAAUGAAUUUAAAGGCCUGCAAUUCGAGCAUCAGCAUCCAUUUGAUCUACAAACUGGAGAACAGGCACUGGAACGACUUUCAUUUGCUGGCAGUCAAAUUAGAGAGACUGUGGCAGCGCAAGGCAGGAUAUUGUUAUUUUGGUAUUGCACAACUUACCUUUUGCUGGAGAAGAAUAAACCCAAGUACCAGCAGCUUGAGGUUCCUUCUCCAGAUCAAGUGCAUCAAGUGCUACCAUCUGAGACUGCCGUAGAUAAAGAAGAUCAGCAUUUUUCUGAUCAAGUUGAGGGAAAAGAGCAGCUUGAACCUCAGGCAGAUCAAAUCCAACCAUUUAUCCUGGAAGGUUCUAAGUAAAGAAGAUAUACUUUGGCACCAAAGGAGGCUGUCUUGCCUGCUCUAACAGAAGAUAACUCAGUAAACAAGCUGUUGUGCUCGACUUCACAAUGUAGCUAGAAUAAGGACAUGUAAGAAACUGAUCAAUUUGGUCCAUAUGGAAUGUUUGAUCAGCUUGAGUCUGAUCAUAGAGCUUGUUUUGUUGUACAGAAUCACUACCAGAUUUAGUCCGAAUUCCCUAUUUUCAGGUGUUUAAUAUAUUUUCCUCAAAUGGUGGUCAAAUUAGAGUUUCCUGAUGAUAUUUGAUGUCA